AGUGCCCGUCUGUCCAUGCUGGAAGAGGAUCCCUCCUCUGUUGCUCUUCCUGAGCCAGAUGUUACCUCCAGCACCGGCCUGCCGUCACUCAACCCGCCUCCGACCAAUGAGAGCGGGCCCAAACUCCUCCCUCCCUCCCUCCCUCCCUCCCUGCAGAGUAUCAGAGGCUCGGUGGUGAGGAGGAGAGUUCCCCUUCUUUCUGCUGCUCCCUCUCAGUCCAUCUGUACCUCUCCCCCGCUGCUCCCUCUCAUAGCGCAGAGCUGCUCACUCACCCUCAGCUCUACCAUGGAGAGAGGGGCAAUGCUGGCCGUGUGUGUGCUCUGCUGGAGCUGCGGUGUGUGUGUGGUUACAGCCAUCCAGAGGGCUGAGAUGUUUCCUUAUGGCACUUUGAGUGGAGAUUUGGUUCUGGCAGAGGGCGACGAUGAAACCUCCAAAGUGCUGUCCCUGCCCAAACCCUUAUACUUCUACGACUCCCAGUUCUCCCAGCUUUAUGUGGCUACCAAUGGUAUCGUCUCAGCCCAGGACCUGCCGAUGGAAAAGCAAUAUGUCGAUGAUGGCUUCCCCACAGAUUUCCCCGUGGUGGCCCCGUUUCUGGCUGACAUUGACACCAGCGGAGGACAAGGACAGAUUUACUACCGGGUGACCGAAACGCCCAGUGUGCUCAACAGAGUGGCCCAGGAAGUACAUCGAGGGUUCCCAGAUGCAAAAUUCACACCUACACAUGCUGUGGUUGCUACAUGGGAGAACGUUGCGGCAUAUGAGGAACCAACUCGAACCAUUGGACCUUCCAACAAGGUCAAUACGUUCCAGGCAGUAGUUGGUUAUGAUGAGACCGACUCGUACGUUCUCUUCCUCUACCCUGAAGGCGGCCUGAACUUCUUUGGGACCCGACCCAAGGAGUCUUAUAAUGUGGAGAUCGAGCUGCCCGCUAGAGUCGGAUUCAGCAGAGGAGAAGUCACUUAUCUGUACUUCUCCCGAACUGAGGGACCUCACUACAGCGUUACCAGCGACGAGCAGAGUGUUAAAAACCUCUAUCAGGUUGGCAAUACAGGUAUUCCAGGUGUUUGGCUUUUCCACACUGGGAGCCGUUACUCCUUCGAAAACAUUGUUCCCGCAUCCAUUGGUGGCCUCCUUGUUACUGUACCACCUGGAGGACGUGGCCUCUCCCUGGACACCACCACGCCUGAGUACGCUGAGUUUGAAUAUCCAGACAACACUUUUGACCCUGAUAACCAGGAGGAAGACGAUUACCCUCUGACAGGCGGGGACCCUGAAUUCCAGCCAGCCCCUUCUGGUGGUGACCACUCAGAGUCCCUCCAACCAGCAAGUCCUGAUGCUCCCUCCUCCCCUUCAGAGGAUUCUGGUCGUCAGGUGUCGUACGGCAGCGAAGAUGUACCACUGACCUCUGAACCCAGGUACCGUUCAGAGCCAGCAGAGAGGCAGUAUGCUCCCCCAUAUUCUCCAGAAUCAGCGCCAGAGGGAAGAGCUCAGCACAGUUCGGAACAGCAACCACAGGUUCCUCUGGAGGUGGUAGACGUCUACCCCCCUCACAGAAAUGAACCACAUCUCUCACCCGGAGGUCACGUGGUCAGCGUGGAUGAAGAUGAUCUUGAUUUUGACACAGGAGUGAUCCAGUACACUACGGAGAAUAAAGAAACAUGUGCCAGAUUCCAGCAGCAGUGCUCCCAGAAUGCAAUUUGCUCCGACUACGCCACAGGCUUCUGCUGUCACUGCCGGCCUGGCUUCUAUGGAAACGGACGUCACUGUCUACCCGAGGGUGCUCCACAGCGUGUUAGCGGUAAGGUGAAAGGAACGGUGACCGUGGGUUCGACUCCAGUGGAGCUGAACAACAUUGAUCUUCAUGCCUACAUCGUGGUGGGUGACGGGAGAGCGUAUACUGCCAUCAGCGAGGUGCCCGAGCCAGUGGGCUGGGCUCUGAUGCCACUUGCACCAAUAGGAGAGCUGUUUGGAUGGCUGUUUGCUCUGGAGCUGCCCAAUAGCCAAGCAGGAUUCAAAAUCACAGGUGCGGAGUUCACUCGUCGUGCAGAUGUGGUCUUCUAUCCUGGCAACCAGCGACUGACAAUCAUCCAGACGGGCCGUGGCCUUGACGACCACAACCACCUCACCGUGGAUACCGUACUCAGUGGCCAAGUGCCUUUCAUGCCCCCCGGGGCUGAAGUUGUCAUGGAUCCCUUCAAGGAGAUCUACCAAUACUACCCAUCUGUUGCCACCUCCACCUCCGUGAGGGAGUUUUCAGUGGUUUCGGCGGAGCGAGGCUCGGAGUCCUUCUCCUUCCAGCUGAAGCAGAACAUCACCUACCGCGACUGUCGACACGACAACCGCGCCACUGCCGCGGAGACGCUGCAGAUCACCAUGGAGAGGGUGUUUGUGAUGUACGUCAAGGAGGAGCGGAUCUUGAGAUACGCCAUCACCAACAAGAUCAGCCCGGUCGGAGUUGAGCCAACAGGGCCGGAGCUGGUCAACCCCUGCUACGCUGGGAACCAUGACUGUGACACCACGGCCCAGUGUAUCCCACUGGAGGGCCAGGCCUUCCAGUGCCAGUGUGCUACUGGUUACAAAGGGGAUGGACGCAACUGUUACGACGUAGAUGAGUGUGCGGAGAGCUUGACUUCGUGCGGUGCUCAUGCUCAGUGCGUGAACCUGCCUGGUAGCCAUCGCUGCCAGUGCCAGAGUGGCUAUGAGUUUGGCUUCGACGGGCGUACCUGUGUUGAUAUAGAUGAGUGCAGCACCUCUCCAUGUCACAUCAGUGCCAGAUGUAUCAAUGGACUGGGUUCCUUCCAGUGUCAGUGCCAGCCUGGGUUUUAUGGUGAUGGUUUCUAUUGUUCCCAGCAGCAAGGACAGACAGUUCGACCAAAGACCCAGUGUGAACAGCACAGAGACAGUCUGCAGAGUGGAGUUGAAGAAGGUGGUCAAACAAAUCUUGGAGCCUUCAUCCCCCAGUGCGACUCUGAGGGACGGUACCGAACACUGCAGUGUCACGGCUCUACUGGACAUUGUUGGUGUGUGGACAGUAGGGGGCAGGAGAGAACAGGAACCAGAACUCCAUCUGGUACACCACCUAGAGACUGUGACAAACCAGAUGAACUAGAGCGUCCCAAAACUCGCUGUGAGCACCACAGAGACAGUGUACAGACUACCAGUCCAGAGGGAUAUCCUAUUGUCGGGGCCUAUGUACCUCAGUGUGAUGCUAAUGGCCAGUACAUACCACUGCAGUGUCAUGGUUCCUCUGGACUUUGUUGGUGCGUGGAAAGUAACGGACAGGAGAGAGCAGGAACAAGAACACAACCUGGUUCAACACCCACUGACUGUGACAAACCAGAUGAACCAGAGCGUCCUAAAACUCACUGUGAGCACCACAGAGACAGUGUGCAGACUACCAGUCCAGAGGGAUAUCCUAUUGUCGGGGCCUAUGUACCUCAGUGUGAUGCUAAUGGGCAGUACAUACCACUGCAGUGUCACGGUUCCUCUGGACAUUGUUGGUGUGUGGACAGUAGGGGACAGGAGAGACCAGGAACCAAGACUCCACCUGGUACACAACCUCGAGACUGUGACAGACCGGAUGAACCAGAGCGUCCUAAAACUCACUGUGAGCACUACAGAGACAGUGUACAGACUACCAGUGCAGAGGGAUAUCCUAUUGUAGGAGCCUUUGUACCUCAGUGCGAUGCUAGUGGCCAGUACAGAACUCAACAGUGUCAUGGUUCCUCUGGACAUUGUUGGUGUGUGGACAGUAGGGGACAAGAGAGACCAGGAACCAGGACUGAAGCUGGUACACCAUCUGUAGACUGCGACAGACCAGAUGAACCAGAGCGUCCUAAAACUCAGUGUGAACACCACAGAGACAGUGUACAGACUACCAGUCCAGAGGGAUAUCCCCUACUUGGAGCCUUUGUACCUCAGUGUGAUGCUAAUGGACAGUACACACCACGGCAGUGUCAUGCCUCUAUCGGACAUUGCUGGUGUGUAGACAGUAGGGGACAGGAAAGAGCGGGAACCAGGACUUCAGCUAGUUCACCACCUACAGACUGUGACAAACCAGAUGAACCAGAGCGUCCUAAAACUCACUGUGAGCACCACAGAGACAGUGUACAGACUACCAGUCCAGAGGGAUAUCCUAUUGUCGGUGCCUAUGUACCUCAGUGUGAUGCUAAUGGGCAGUACAUACCACUGCAGUGUCAUGGUUCCACUGGACAUUGUUGGUGUGUGGACAGUAGGGGACAGGAGAGACCAGGAACCAAGACUCCACCUGGUACACAACCUAGAGACUGUGACAAACCAGAUGAACCAGAGCGUCCUAAAACUCACUGUGAGCACCACAGAGACAGUGUACAGACUACCAGUCCAGAGGGAUAUCCUAUUGUCGGAGCCUUUGUACCUGAGUGCGAUGCAAAUGGACAGUACAGAUCUCAACAGUGUCAUGGUUCCUCUGGACAUUGUUGGUGUGUGGACAGUAGGGGACAGGAGAGACCAGGAACCAGGACUCCACCUGGAUCACCACGUAGAGACUGUGACAGACCAGAUGAACCAGAGCGUCCUAAAACUCACUGUGAACACCACAGAGACAGCGUACAGACUACCAGUCCAGAGGGAUAUCCCCUACUUGGAGCCUUUGUACUUCAGUGUGAUGCUAAUGGACAGUACGCAGCUCAACAGUGUUAUGACUCCACCGGAUACUGUUGGUGUGUGGACAGUAGAGGACAAGAGAGACCAGGAACCAGGACUCGAGCUGGUACGCCAUCUGUAGACUGUGACAGACCAGAUGAACCAGAGCGACCAAAAACUCACUGUGAGCAGCACAGAGACAGUGUACAGACUGCCAGUCCAGAGGGAUAUCCUAUUGUCGGAGCCUUUGUACCUGAGUGUGAUGCUAAUGGACAGUACAGAUCUCAACAGUGUCACGGUUCCUCUGGACAUUGUUGGUGCGUGGACAGUAGGGGACAGGAGAGACCAGGAACCAGGACUCCACCUGGAUCACCACGUAGAGACUGUGACAGACCAGAUGAACCAGAGCGUCCUAAAACUCACUGUGAGCACCACAGAGACAGCGUACAGACUACCAGUUCAGAGGGAUAUCCUAUUGGAGCUCAUGUACCCCAGUGUGAUGCUGAUGGGCAGUACCUACCACUGCAGUGUCAUGGCUCUACUGGACAUUGUUGGUGUGUGGACAGUAGGGGACAGGAGAGACCAGGAACCAGGACUUCACCUGGAUCACCACGUAGAGACUGUGACAGACCAGAUGAACCAGAGCGUCCUAAAACUCACUGUGAGCAGCACAGAGACAGUAUACAGACUACCAGUCCAGAUGGAUUUCCCCUACUUGGAGCCUUUGUACCUGAGUGUGAUGCUAAUGGACAGUACACAGCUCAACAGUGUCAUGGUUCCACUGGACAUUGUUGGUGUGUGGACAGUAGGGGAGAGGAAAGACCAGGAACCAGGACUCCACCUGGAUCAUCACGUAGAGACUGUGACAGACCAGAUGAACCAGAGCGUCCUAAAACUCACUGUGAGCAGCACAGAGACAGUAUACAGACUACCAGUCCAGAUGGAUUUCCCCUACUUGGAGCCUUUGUACCUGAGUGUGAUGCUAAUGGACAGUACACAGCUCAACAGUGUCAUGGUUCCACUGGACAUUGUUGGUGUGUGGACAGUAGGGGAGAGGAGAGACCAGGAACCAGGACUCCACCUGGAUCACCACGUAGAGACUGUGACAGACCAGAUGAACCAGAGCGUCCUAAAACUCACUGUGAGCAGCACAGAGACAGUAUACAGACUACCAGUCCAGAUGGAUUUCCCCUACUUGGAGCAUUUGUACCUGAAUGUGAUGCUAAUGGACAGUACACAGCUCAACAGUGUCAUGGUUCCACUGGACAUUGUUGGUGUGUGGACAGUAGGGGAGAGGAGAGACCAGGAACCAGGUCUACUGCCAGUACACCCCGAGUAGACUGUGACAGACCAGAUGAACCAGAACGACCAAAAACUCACUGUGAGCAGCACAGAGACAGUGUACAGACUACCAGUCCAGAGGGAUAUCCUAUUGUCGGAGCCUUUGUACCUGAGUGCGAUGCAAAUGGACAGUACAGAUCUCAACAGUGUCACGGUUCCUCUGGACAUUGUUGGUGUGUGGACAGUAGGGGACAGGAGAGACCAGGAACCAGGACUCCACCUGGAUCACCACGUAGAGACUGUGACAGACCAGCCCCGGUGGGUCCAACCCAGCGUCCGGACAGUGCGUGCGAGCGAUGGAGAGCCAAUUUGAUGGAGUACUACGGUGGAAAACCAGAGCCACAACAAUACAUGCCUCAGUGCGAUCCAGAUGGACAAUUCAGUCCAGUCCAGUGUUAUGGAGAGACCACUUACUGCUGGUGUGUGGACCAGGACGGACGGGAGGUUUCUGGUACCCGAUCACAUGAUGUUGUCAAACCUGCAUGCCUUCCCUCAGUUGCCCCGCCCACCGUGCGUCCGUUGCCCCGCCCAAAUGUGACCCCCCCUCCGAACACUGACAUCACACUGCUGUACGCUCAGGGACAGAAAAUAGGAGCGUUGCCUCUGAACGGAACCAGACUCGAUGCAACCCGGUCCAAAACACUACUGACUCUACAUGGUUCCAUAGUUGUUGGUUUAGCCUAUGACUGCAAAGAGAACCGAGUCUAUUGGACCGAUUUAUCUGCAAGAACCAUCAACAGAGCUUCAAUGGCGCCUGGAGCCGAGCCCGAGAUACUCAUUAACACCAAUCUGGUCAGUCCGGAGGGUUUGGCGGUGGACGUGAAACGUAGGUUGAUGUUCUGGGUCGACUCGAACCCGGAUGUGAUCGAAACCGCCAACCUGGACGGCAGCGGGAGGCGGACGCUGUUUGACGCAGACUUGGUCAACCCCAGGGCCAUCAUAGUGGUCUCCUCCACCGGCACUCUGUAUUGGACAGACUGGAACCGGGAGGCUCCGAAGAUUGAGAGUUCGACAGUGGACGGUCAGAACCGCAAGGUGGUGGUGUCUGACGGGAUUGGACUGCCAAACGCUCUCACGUAUGACUCGUCUGCAGGACUGGUCUGCUGGGCCGAUGCAGGUACAAAGCGUUUGGAGUGUGUCUCUCCGGACGGUUCGGGCCGCAGAGUGAUCCACCCCAGCCUCAACUACCCGUUCAGCAUGGUCUACUACAGGGACCACUUCUACUACACUGACUGGAGGAGGGAUGGAGUGAUCGCUGUGAGCAAAGACAAACAGUUCACUGACGAAUACCUGCCUGAGCAGCGCUCCCACCUGUACGGCAUCGCCAUAGCAACCACCCACUGUCUAUCAGGGAGCCACUAACGACGGACUGGCAGCCGAGGGGUCCUUUUGGUGCUAAAGUUCUGGGGCGAUUCCUGAUCAGAGGGCUGGACCAGCCUAAAGAGCUCUCUCCAGUGUCCCUCAGAGGAAAGGACGCUCAGUAGGGAGCAAGAUGGCUUCCUGUUGCCAGAUCGACCGUCAGAGCAAAUUUACAACCCUUCCACUCACCCUGACCCCAACCCCGUUAUCUCACCUUAAAGAUAUAACCCCAAAAUAAAUGUUUUGUAAAUUUGUUUUAUACCUCAUUUUUUUUUUUUUUGUUUUUUUUUUCUACUGUAUUUUUGUACGUGAGUUGUUUUUCUAUCUAUUAAAGCUACAGAACAAUGAAAUCAGAUUUGUAAAUGUAUGUGAGAGUAGGUGUUUCUGUUGUUUAAAGCCAAAGAAGAAUGACAUGAAGAGCUUUAAAAACUGUUCGAGCCGAAGUUUGUUUUUGGGUCAGCCGGCCACACUGGCUUUUAAAUUGUAUUAUUUAGCAUUCACAGUGGAUUCGGGACAGAAAACAGGUCAAAGGAAUAGUUGAGAAUGAGAGAUGAGAACACUGAUGCCACUCUCAUGUCUGUACGUUACAUAUGAAGUUAGAGCAAGGAGACGGUUAGCUUCAUGUAACUCUCAGCAAGAAAACUAUAUUCCCAAAAAUGUCAAACGAUAACAACUGAGGACAAACUGCAGUUCAACUGAGCGCGCUCAGAAACCUGUAGAUUUGCUUGUUUUACUUUCAUAUGUGUGUCCGUCGGCUCUGCGUGCCACAGUCAGAUCACAGCGACUUCAGUCCUGCCAUAUUUCUCUGCACUACUAAUCUGUAUUUCACACAAGAUGAAAUGUUAUUCUUUUUUUUUUUUUUUUUGCCAAAUAUUUUUACAUCUUCUACUUUUCAAAUCUUUAUCUUUUUAUAAGAUGUGAUAUUUAUAACAAUAAAAUGUGAUUUGGUACUUGA